UGCAUAGUUAGUGGUGUCCCAGUCCAACUCCAAACAGGAUUCCUAAAUUACUAGUGCUAUUUUUUUCAUUUUGAAGUUCCAAUAUUUCAGUCUUAGAUUUCAUCGUCGAAUUUCGGGUAAAUCCACAAAUCGAGAAAAAUCAGUAUGAGGACGACACGGAGGCCGAUCCAAGUCGUGUCGACAUGGGUCCGCCGGCAACCGCCAAAGGUCAAGGCUUUUCUGGCCGUCAUUACCGGUAUGGCGGCGUUGGUGUUGCUACGCGCCAUCGUCCACGAUCACGAUAAUCUUUUCGUCGCCGCUGAAGCUGUUCAUUCAAUUGGAAUCUCCGUUCUCAUCUACAAGCUCAUGAAAGAAAAAACUUGUGCCGGUCUUUCACUCAAAUCCCAGGAGCUCACUGCUAUGUUUUUGGCUGUUAGACUGUAUUGCAGUUUUGUCAUGGAAUAUGAUAUACACACCUUACUUGAUUUAGCUACGUUAGCUACGACCUUAUGGGUUAUUUAUAUGAUCCGGUUUAAUCUUAGAUCAAGUUACAUGGAGGACAAAGACAAUUUUUUAAUCUAUUACGUGGUGAUCCCUUGUGCUGCCUUAGCUUUAUUAAUUCAUCCAUCUACAUCACAUCUCUUCGUCAAUAGAGUCUUCUGGGCGUUCUGUGUUUACUUGGAGGCAGUUUCUGUGCUACCUCAACUUCGUGUCAUGCAAAACACUAAGAUAGUUGAACCAUUCACAGCUCAUUAUGUAUUUGCAUUGGGUGUUGCAAGGUUCUUAAGCUGCGCUCACUGGGUUCUCCAGGUUUUGGACAGUCGCGGCCAUCUGCUGGUAGCAUUGGGUUAUGGUCUAUGGCCUUCUAUGGUUUUGAUAUCUGAAAUAGUUCAAACCUUUAUCCUAGCAGACUUCUGUUACUACUAUGUUAAAAGUGUUUUCGGUGGACAGCUGGUAAUGCGCCUUCCUUCUGGGGUCGUGUAACUGAUGAUUGUGAUAGUUAUGGACAGAAAUUUCACAUUCGUUUGUCACUUUUCUUUUGGUUAUCUUGGGUUUCUCUAGAAGGUCCCAACUCUUGUCUAGACCCUUGAGGGGCAAAAUCAGGCAUGCGCCUUUUGUGAAGUUAGCACUAUUUUAAAUAUAUAAGCAGUAGAUUUUCUUGCUAUGAUAGACUAUUUUACUUUAUUUAGCAGUUAGCACUAACAUAUGGCUUUUGGAUAUGUAUUCAUUUUUGUACUUAUGUACUAAUGUACCACAAUGAAUGAUAAAUGAUUCUGACAUAACUUUCCCUGAAUGUACCCCUCCCCUCGCCCUUUCCCUUUCAGGAUGGUCAUGUAACAAGGGACAUA